AUGAUUCCAAGGUGUUGCAGGUUUCUGUCAGGUAACAUCGCUGAUUGUGGCUCGAAGGAAAGUGAAACUGUUGAGGAGCAGCGACAGAAGAUUCAGUCCAUGAACACUGAGCAGCCCACAACAAAUGUAAUAGUACAACCAUCUAAGCCAUCCAGUGCCGGGAAGAGAGGAAUUACAGAGACGGCUCAGCCUUCCUCCGAGCCCACGUCUGCCAAGAUGUCCUCAGAAACACACGCUGUAGACGCCACCCCGGCCCUCCCUGAGCUUCUAGGAGACAUACCUUUCACUUUAGCACCACACAUCCUGGCCAUGCAGGCGGGCCUGCCCUUUGUAACAGAUAUCACCUUGCCUCACGACAUAAAUGACAAACUAGCCAACUUUCGUUAUGACUUCACCUUGGAGAACUCUGUGCUUUGUGAGCCGUGACUCUUUGCCCAUCAGUUAUAUCACUAAACACGUGGUGAACUAUGAGCCUUUGCUUGUCAAGAUUCUCUAACCGUUUGACUCUUAAAUAAAUGAAGAUCUAGUUUAGCUGACGGAAAUCAGUCACUGACUAAAUGGUGUUGGGCUCAAAUGAACAUAUUGUCCUUUUAGUUUAAAUAGGUUAGCAUCAAGAUGGUUUACAAUCUCUCAGGAUCUUGCACUUGAUUGUGAGAUGAGUGUUACUGCCUUGUUUUAACGCAGUAGAUGAGUAUUUAUAAGAUGACCUGCGGCUUUACGUUUUUCAAAUGUAGUUCAAAUUGUUACGGGUGUAAAAUCUGUAAUUUCGCAUUUUGACUCUGUGGGGUCCUGUAGCAUAAGAUGAUAUGCUGAACUGAAAUAGGGUUGUUUUGAAACUGCUAUGUUUCUUAGUAGUCACACUGGGCUGUCUGUGUUGGCCUUGUUCAGUUCCUUCCUACUUCUGCACAAACUCGCUGUAAUUUAUGGAAUCGGUUUUAAGACAUUUGCUUGCAGAUCAGAUGAAUAAAAGGUAGUCAUGAUACACAGGAAAAUUAUUUUAUAUUAAUCUAUCUCUCAGUGAACUUUAAACAUAUCUAAAAGAAAUAAUUCUGUAAUAGAAGUAUUUAAUUAAUAUACAAAUUAUAUUUUAAAAAUGGCAAUCAUAAGGGGCUUUUGGCUAGUCCACUGUUUACUGUAACUCUAUAUUUAGUACCUAUAAACCUUAAAGGCAAAGCAAAAACACUCCCCGGUCUGCUAUUGGUCAGUCAAACAGAUAGUCCCGCUCUAAACUGUUGCUAUUGGUUGAGUCAGUGUUGCUGUGCCAGGGUGGUGGGGAUGCUCAACAGAACAAUGUCGUAAUAUUGACGUAGUGCUUGCACUUUUCAGGGGAAUCAGUCUAGAGCAGGGGUGUCAAACUCAAUUCCUGGAAGGCCGGAGCCCUGCAGAGUUUUGUUCCAGCCCUG